GAAACAAAUAUGAACUCGGUGGAACGUUUAGUUUACUACACUGAUAAAUUAGAAGUAGAAGCUGAAAGUAUAAUACCGAAUAACAGACCACCACCUGGAUGGCCAUCUCGUGGAGAAAUUCAUAUUAAAAAUUUGGAAAUUAAAUAUGGACUUGAUA